GGCAUUGCUUUAAAUCCUAAUAUUCAUAAUUUAAUUAUAAGCACGGAUACAUGUUGUAAGAAGGAAUUAAUUUCCGGAUGAUAUAAUUACCAAAGGAGAAAUUAAGAGCUGUUAAAUAUGUACAUGUAUGUUAUAUAAUGAUUAUAAUAAGGAAAGGGCGUCAGAAUUUUUAAUUAUAUAGGAAUAUCAUCAACUAAUUUGCUUUUCUUCAUAGGGUAACGCACUAAGAUACAAAAGGAAUAACUGUUACAAGUUUAUGUUCCUUCAGGUCAUCACUUUUUUAUUCACUGUCUAGUAUAGGUUAGAAGAAGAUAUGGCUCCAUGUUCAUAAUUAGAGAAAUUAUUUAUGUUGGCAAUUAUUUUCAUCUGAACCUCACAAGAAUACAAAUAAAAUGAUGAAAGCAACGACAAAGGACUGUUCCCACCCUACUUUCUGUGUAACGUGUAGUAUAUUUAGAGUUGCUGAUCCAGAUUUCAAAACCAUUGUCACUAUAGUGGACAAUUGCUCGAAGCAUUACGAAUAUCCAAGUUACCUUCCUAUAACCAAAGUUGUAGUGGAGGGGGCUACUGUUGGGGAAUUCAAUCAAACCCGAUGUUGUGAGGGUUCUCGGUCACUUUUGUAUACCACAGAAGAUUCAACCUCUUCAAAUGAUUGGACGUCAUCACCUGUUGUCAUUCCCCUGCUGAUAACAAUGUCCAUUGCCUUGGUUAUCACAAUCAUAUCAGUGGUUAGGUACAAAAAGCAUUCAACAUAUAAUCCUGGAAAACAACAUGAACCAUGCAGUAUAAUCACUGAUGAAGUUGUGGAAUAUUCAACACCAGUAGAAAAAAUUCCUGUUAGAAAAUCAUUAUUCCACAUUAAAUUAAUGUCGAAAGACACAGAGAAUGCACAACAUAAAAGUCAUGUUCAUGAAAGAGUGGAAGAAUCACAAAGUAUUGUUGAUAGUGAAGAGAGCAGCACUUUGAAACAUGCUUAUCUCGAUGAGGAGACGUUCUAUUGUACACUUCAUAAAAAAGAAAAGAAAUGUAUUGAUAGACAGGAAAGCGUCUACAGCCAUUUCAGUGAAAUUGAUAAUAACAUUUACAAUAAAACAUUCCACCAUGAACAAAAUGAAGGUGAACUGAAUAAUGUAUAUUCAUGUGUAUAA